AUAGAACAUUACCAAUAAACUCUCAUCAUCCUUAUCACCACAACAUCAAAAUUUUAUCCUACUACCUGUUACUUUCAUAUCUUCAAAUAUAUAUCAUUAAUCUUAUUAUCAUCCAUUCUUCAGUUUCAUUUCUACAAAACAUCGACCCCAGGGGUGGUUGUGUUCCAGAAUGGCGAGAUCUGAUCCCAAACUCAACAAGUCAAGUCACAUCAUAUAUCUGCAAGAUCUGAUCAAAAAUUCAAUCACAACAUAUAUGCAUCAUGCAAACAAUGAAGAAAGUGCUUCAAAAACAUGGACUGAUGGCGAGAUGCUUUUAGGUAAUGUUUUUUGUUUUUAUUUUCAUUUGUGUGGUAUCUCUUUUUAGCCACUUUCUAUUAUCUUCCAUUUUUGUUUUAAUUGUUACAUAGGUGGAUUUAAUUAUGGUGUUGGGCUUAUGUCCAACUCAAAAGGAUACAACUUUAACCAUACUACGGAAUUGGCCUUAGUUGAUAAAGUAGCCAUGUUAGAAGAACAAUAAUUAUGUUAAUUUCCACAUAAAAAAUAUGAGAGAUGGACAUGAAGAAAAAUAACAGCAAUAUGCCUCAGCGCUCGGGCUCUAGCAUACAUGAGAGAUGAUUUCCUAAAUAGGUGAUAAAAUUUUGCAAGUCUAGACUCAAUAGGUGAUAAAAUUUAAUUAGACACACUCAUUUCACCCUGAUAAAGUUACACUGGCCUUUGUGAAGGUCUUGUUAGGAAAUGGCUGGUGGGGCAUUAGCUGUGCUAUGGGAAGAAUGUAAGGUUCUUUGAAUUAUAAUGAAAAGGGUGUAAGUAUCAUGAGGGCGGGCCUCGUGCAUUUGCAUGACAUUUUCACUGACAUGAUGCUCUGACUUAUGUCUAUAACUUUUAAUUAUUAUUAGGGUUUAUAUAUUAAUUAGUGAUAAAUUUUAAAUCCAUAUUUAGUAUAUAAUUUUAAGUAGGGGUCUUAUAUUGUAAUUUUGUUGAAGUCAAAUUUUAAAAUAAGCGCUUUGGUUGAUUUUGUCUAAAGUUUUAAAUUGGGAAUUUUGUUGACGUGAGUUUGUUUGGUAGAUAUCAAAUUUGCAAGUUAUGUUUGUAUGACUGCAGUGUUCGUUGUAGUGGUGGCUUGAAGCUAUGAAGUCUUCCUCGCCUCCUCGUAAGAAGACACCUAAGGAUCCCUUCGCUGAGUUCCAGCUCAAAUUCAGUCAGCCCUUUUCUCCAAUAGUAGAUCAUGACCCUGAUCGUGCUUUCAUGUCUGAUGCAUUCUGCUGCUAAGAAUGCUGGAAAACAUUUUCCAACUGCAAUCAUAAGUGGAAGAAGGCGUGAUAUGGUUGGAAUUCUUGAACUUCUCUAUGCUGGUAGUCAUGGUAUGGACAUUAGAUACCUGCUCCGGGACACCUAUACUGGUAGUGAUGGUAUGGACAUUAGAGAGAUAUCGCCUCCGGGACACAGCUGAAGUACCUUCUGACCAUAUCAAAUCUGAGAAACAUCCUGACCAGCAGGACUUCCAGGAGCCAGUGGUUUGUCUACCGAACAGGGAAGUUUACUAUUGUGGCUGAGCUUGUUGCUAAUCCAUCAUUAAUCAUCUUCAUGGGCGAACCAACUUCUGGCCUUGAUGCAAUAGCAGCAGUGGUUGCCAUGAGGACACUGUAAGAAACACAGUGGACACUGAAGAACUUUUGUUUGCACAAUUCAUCAGCCUAGCCUCGACCUAGUUAUGUCGCUUUUUAUGAGGUACUGAGACACUGGGCUAUGGAAUUCUGGUAUCUUCUAUCGUCAAAUAGAGAGGAGCCUUCUUCUCGCACAAGGACCCUAACAAGAUAUUUUUUGCAAGACCAUAAAAGAAACAUCAUAGCAGUAAAAGAAGCAUGAGCUGCACUGCUUUGGACGCGGUUGAACCCCAGCAAUAAAGUCUGACUAGAAAGGGUGCAUCUGAGAAUGAAGAAAAGAAUAAUUAAGCAGCAGUGUUAUAUUCUUAAAUUUUGAAGAAAGCAAACAAUGAAGAAAAUACUCCAAAGAGAUGGACUAAUGGCCACAUGAUUUUAGUAUAUGCCCUCACGAGACAAAACUCGUCCAACUACGGUUGUCCAGGUGUUUGAAGACUUGUUGUAUAUUCAUAAUGCAAAAGUGUGGCUUAUGAAAGGAAAUCUACAAGUCCGGCCGAUUUGGGCCCAUAAAUAGUCAUUGGAAAGCUGGCGAGGAUACGGUUGAUAAAAUUAUGAUCUCAGGAUUUAUUGGAGUUCUAAUCAGCCUAAAAAUGACUAGGAGCAGUUUGAAUUUUCUACAUCAGACGCUUACUCUAUUUGGGAAACUACUUUGUAUUAUUAUAUAUAUCAAUAAAAUAUAAACUAGAGAUAGUUAGUUGUUCUUUAUUUGUAUUGGGACUCGGAUAUAUCAAACAGACAUGUUAUAGAGAAGUUAUAGACACAUAGAUGUUAUAGGCAUGCGGAGAAGAGAAAGUAGAGGACUUACACGCAAGUGAAGAACACGAAGGAAUGAAUUAGAACAUCAAUUCUAGAGCUUUUCAUUCUCUUCUUUAUUUUUUUUGAUUGUAACAUCGAUUUGAUGUCUUCGUACUUGUGUUGAAUACUUUUUUGUGUAAUGUUGAACUAAUUUUCUAAAUAGGCCUUUAAUAAAUUCAUUCGAUUA